AUGAAGUUCUCUUGCGCUACGAUUUUCUUCGCCAUUGCUGCCCCUACGAUUGUUAACGCAGCAAAGACCAGUGUCAAUGUCGGUGCCGUGAUCUCCCAAUUCUUCCCCUCCUCGACCCCUUCCCUCCCCGCCGGAGCGUCUUCCACCCUCGCCACCGCUCUCGCUUCCGUUGACAACGCCUGGACCACAGCUCCUGCUUUUACCUCGUUCAACAGAGCGAUAUAUUCCGCUGCUCCUUCAUCUCUUCAAUCUUCCCUCUCUCAGAGCGGAUAUAUUUAUGAAAAAAUCGCAACUGCGGAUUGGUUCACCAAGAAGGCGCCUAAGGAUGUUCAGAAGGCAGUGAACAGUUAUAUUAGUGCCGUGGCCAAGGUUGAGAAUAGUGUUUUUAGUAAGGUUGCGACGGAGACGAGUAAGGCUGCUGCUGCUGCUGCUACUGGUGUACCGGCUGUUGGUGUUAUGGGUGUUGCUAUGAUGGCGGGAUUAGGGGUUGUGGGGAUGAUGUAG